AUGCGGGGUAUCACCAAAUUCCCAUGGCCAAGGAGGAUCAGCCCUACACAGCGUUCAUCACCAAUGGAGGGGUCUAUUGCUAUAAGACUGGAGCAUGACCACGUUUCGGACUUGAGGGAGACACCGGGCUCACUGAGGAAGUACGGGAUGCGCCUCAAUCCAAAAAAAUGUGUAUUUGGGGUCAAGGGAGGAAAGUGCCUAGGCUUCCUCAUAGAUAAAAGAGGAAUUGAAGCCCACCCAGAUAAGAUCCAAGCAGUGCUAGAUAUGCAAUCACCUCGAAGUGUCAAGGAGCUCGUCUCGCCCUUUCCUAAAGAAGCGUUGUAUUUGUACUUAGCAGUUUUUGAGCAUGCGUUAAGCGCAGUCCUCGUCGUGGAGAGGGAGCGGGUACAAUAUCCGGUUUACUUCAUCAGUCAUGCGCUAAGGAGGGAAGAAACCCGGUAUUCGAUGAUCGAGAAGUUAGUAUAUGCAUUGGUUAUUGCAAGUAGGAAGCUAAAACCCUAUUUUCAUGCGCACCCGGUGACUGUGUUGACUAAGCAACCGAUAAGGAAGAUAAUUGAAGGAAGAAACCACUCUAAUCGCAUGACUGAAUGGGCAAACCAACUCUCGAAUUAUGGGCUAGAAUAUGAGCCUCGGAGGGUAAUAAAGGCACAAGCAUUGGCGGACUUACAAGCUAAAUGGUUUCUUUGGCAUGAGGGCAAGGUGUACAAGAAGUCUUACACGCACCCGCUGCUUUAUUGCGUCUCGCCCGAUGAAGGUGACUACAUUCUGCGAGAGAUACAUCAAGGCGCCUGUGGGAGUCACCAAGGAUCAAGGACUUUGGCAGGCAAAUCCUUCGGUCAGAGGAAUGCGGACAUCCCGAGGCUACUUGCCACCAAUCUAGCGGCUAUCCUUCCCACCUUACCCUUUGACAAGUGGGGAAGGGACCUACUCGGCCCUUUCCCUCCAGCGGUGGGACAGAAGAAAUUCCUCAUUAUAGUAGUAGACUACUUCACUAGGUGGGUUAAGGCCGAGGCAUUGUCUACCAUCACCGAGCACCAAGUCCAGCAGUUCAUAUGGAAUAACAUCAUCACGAGGUUUGGCGUGCCAAGGGUCCUAAUAUCUGACAACGGAAGGCAGUUUGAUAGUGCCUCGACCAAAGAAUACUGCAAUCGGUUUAGGAUUCAAAAUCAGUUCACUUCCAUCAAUCACCCACAAUGCAACGGGCAAGCCAAAGCCGCAAACAAAGUUGCUCUAAGAGGCAUCAAGACAAAGCUAGAAGGCGCCAAGGGCACCUGGCUUGAUGAAUUGCCGAGUUUCCUAUGGUCCACUCGGACAACUGUUAAAGAAUCUACUGGACGCACACCCUUCUCAUUAGUCUACGGCGGUGAGGCUGUACUACCAGUGGAAGUGGGCAUCCCAUAUCCAAGGAUCACUUACUACGAUUCCAAUGCUAACGAAGAGCUGAAGAGCCUCGACCUGGAUCUCCUCCCUGAGAUGAGAGGCAACGCCCUACUGAAAUCCAUCUCCUACAAACAAAAGAUCACUCGAUAUUUGAACAGUCGUGUCACGCCAUGCCCACUAAUGAAGGGGGAUUGGGUAUUGAGAAAAUUGGAGUCCACAGGGCACGACUUGCUCAUGCAUGGGCAAGCUCACACUCAAUUGGGAAGGUCCUUAUAA